AUGGCGGUGGCGGAGGUGAGGACGCCCAGGCGGCGCCACGGGAGCAUGGCGCUCGCCGACCUGCUGCUGCGGGAGGCGUCGGCGGAGCGGGCCGACGCGGCGGGGGGCGAGCGGCCCGGGGUCGCCGCGGGCCAGGCCGCGCGGGCCAGGAAGGGCGAGGACUACGCGCUGCUCAAGCAGGGCUGCGAGCGCCACCCGGGCGCAUCCUUCUCCGCAUUCGCCGUAAGCUCCCCGUCCCCACGCGUCCGCUGCAUUUUACACACUUCAUCUCGCCCGGCGAUCUGCUGUGACUCUGAGAGGUGUCUGUCUGGCUCCCGCUGGUUGCAGAUGUUCGACGGCCACAACGGGGCCGCCGCCGCGGUGUACGCCAAGGAGAGGCUCCUCGCCAAUGUGCUUGGCUGCGUCCCCGCCCACCUCACCAGGGACGAGUGGCUCGCCGCGCUGCCCAGGGCGCUCGUCGCCGGCUUCGUCAAGACCGACAAGGAUUUCCAGACAAGAGCACACUCUUCGGGGACAACCGUGACGCUCGUCAUAAUCGACGGCUCCGUUGUGACUGCCGCAUCUGUCGGCGAUUCUCGAUGUGUUCUUGAAGCAGAGGGUUUAAUUUACUACCUGUCGGCUGAUCAUCGUUUUGAUGCUAGCGGGGAGGAAGUUGGACGUGUAACAGAAUGUGGAGGUGAAGUUGGCAGGCUAAAUAUUGUUGGUGGAGCUGAGAUUGGCCCCCUUAGAUGUUGGCCAGGAGGUUUAUGCCUAUCAAGAUCAAUUGGUGAUCAGGAUGUUGGUGAAUUUAUCAUUCCUGUUCCUUUUGUGAAGCAGAUCAAGCUAUCUAGUACUGGAGGUCGUCUUAUUAUUUCAAGUGACGGUGUUUGGGAUGCCUUGACUGCCGAAAUGGCUUUUAGUUGCGCACGAGGGCUUCCUCCAGAUGCUGCAGCGGAUCAAAUUGUCAAAGAAGCAGUGGAUUCAAAAGGAUUAAGGGAUGAUACAACUUGUAUUGUUAUUGACAUAAUACCACCAGAAAAACCGAAAUCCACUAUACAUUCUCGAAAGAAGGCACGGAAUGGUUUUAGUCUUUUGAAAAAUAUAUUCAUCAGAAAAAGAACAUCAGACACAUUAUCGCAUGCUGAUACGGAACGUACUUCUGAGCCCGACUUGGUGGAGGAAGUCUUUGAGGAUGGGUGCCCAUCUCUACUAAGAUGGCUAGACUCUGAGUAUCCAGUCCGAAAUAUGUUCAAGCUCUUUGUAUGUGCAAUUUGUCAAGUAGAGUUAGAGUCUGGUCAGGGGAUAUCGAUACACGAAGGUUUGUCAAAGCCAGGAAAGGUGUGUCCCUGGGAUGGUCCGUUCCUUUGCCACAGUUGCCAGGAGAAGAAAGAAGCAAUGGAGGGAAAGCGGCCCUCACGCGAUUCCUCCUCAAGAAACAGUGGGUCAAGCGAGUAG